AUGGCCGGCUACCUCCAGAAAGGCACGAAGAAUAUCCUCAAGAAACACGCCGACGACAUAGUCUUCCUCUCCGCCCUACGGACACCCGUAACAAAAGCGAAGAAAGGCGGAUUCAAAGAUGCCUACGACCACGAACUUCUCGCCCACGUUCUCCGUGCAACCUUAGCCGCCACACCAAACCUCGACCCAAGCAAAAUCGACGACAUCCAAAUCGGCACAGUCCUCUCAGAGCUCGGCGGCAGCAAAGCAGGCCGCAUGGCAGCUCUUCACGUUGGCGUACACGAUCGAACAUCUUUCCAAACCGUCAACCGAGCCUGUUCCUCCGGUUUAGCAGCCAUAACAGGCGUAGCCAACGCAAUCGCCACAGGAGAAAUCGACAUAGGAAUCGGAGGCGGAAUGGAAAGCAUGACACGAAACUACGGCUCCCGAGCAAUCCCCACACAACUAUGGGAAGACUUAAAGCAAAGUCCAGUAAAAGAUGCUCGAGAAUGUAUCAUGUCCAUGGGCCUCACAGCAGAAAACGUAAGCGAACGCUACGGCGUAGGUCGUAAAGAGAUGGAUGAAUUCGCGGUGUCUUCGCAUCAAAAAGCUGCCAAAGCUCAAGCUUCAGGACUUUUCGAUAAAGAGAUUGUGCCUGUGGAAACGAGAUGGAUUCCUGAUCCUGAACACCCGGAACAAGUUGAGAGGAUUACAGUCACGAAAGAUGAUGGGAUUCGAGCGAAUUCAAGCGUUGAGAAGUUAUCGACUAUGAAAGCUGCGUUUAAAGAGGGUGGUGCUACGACGGCGGGGAAUGCCAGUCAGGUUUCUGAUGGUGCUGCUGCGGCGCUUAUGAUGAGGAGAUCUAUGGCGGCCGAACUAGGACUCACAUCUCAUAUUAUUGGAAAGUGGGCGGGUACGCAAGUCGUGGGUUGUAAGCCCGAUGAGAUGGGAAUUGGUCCCGCAAUCGCGAUUCCGAAGCUUUUGGCGCAUGCGAACGUGAGGAGAGAGGAUAUUGGAAUUUGGGAAAUUAAUGAGGCUUUUGCGAGUCAGGCUGUGUAUUGUGUGAGGGAAUUGGGAAUUGAUCCGGAAUUGGUGAAUCCCAAGGGUGGUGCUAUUGCGCUGGGACACCCGCUUGGUGCGACGGGCGCGAGACAGUUGGCUACGCUUUUGCCGGAGCUUGAGAGGCAAGGGAAAGAGAUCGGUGUGGUUAGCAUGUGUAUUGGUACUGGGAUGGGGAUGGCGAGUUUGAUUGUGAGAGAAUAG